AUGACCUGGUGGACCGGAACUGGCGUAUUUGCGACACUGGCACUAGGUGUAGCACAUGGCUUGACACAUGGCUGCUUGAAGCUGGAUUCCAUUACAAUGGACAAGAUGCUGGCCGUACCUGGCCAGAGCUAUUUCGUCAAGAUUGAUGAGCCGUACGCUUACGGUGAGAAAGCCGAAGCCUUCAGAACAAUUUGCCAGUUGGCAUAUGCAGUUCCAAACUUCUUUGCUGCUGAAGUUCCUGUUCAGCGCUUCAACCAGAAAGAGAAUGACGACGUCCGUGAGAAGUUCAACCUCACCUUGAACGACUUUCCGGCCUUUUUCCUUUUCGUCGAAGGCGCGAAUGAUGCAACGCGAUAUGUGGAUGCAGUUCAAGCAGCCAACAUGAUCAAAUGGCUUCGCUCGCGUGGGAUCUCUAUGCCGUCGAUCGAUUCAAUCGAUGAGUUGGACGACAUCGUCAACGAUUUCCUCAAAGAUGCCAGUGCGAGGCACGUGGAACGAGCACGGGAGCUUGAGCAGAAGUACCGAAACGAUGCCAAAGCGCCCAUGUAUAUGAAGAUCAUGGAAAAGAGCCUGGCUCAAGGACCUAACUAUGCCGCAGACGAAAUAGUUCGCGUGAUGAAGAUUUUGGAGGGCAAGGUGCACCCUCAGAAACGGGCGGAACUUAGUGACAAGCUGAAAGUGUUGAAAGUCUUCGCAAAGACGGAUGCUUGUGACAUCUUUCAUUGCCCAGAUGGCCAUCAGAAGAAGUUUGGUGCAGCAGGCAUCAUUGGCUCCGAUGUGGCAACCUGCUGCAAGCCUCCCUGCGUAAACACCGAAGGCGAUGAACAUGAUGCUCAGGGCCACCACUGUGACUAUUACGACGAGCGCACAGCUCCAGAAUGUGGAGAUUGGGACACUGCAUCAUUUCGCGCUGGCCGGAUGUGUUGUGCCUGUGGCGGUGGGCACGUCAAGACGCGGGAAGCCGAAAACUAG